GACUUAGAGAGUGUCUUAUUCUCAGUGGCUGUAAUAAUUCAAGGAGCAUUUAUUCAAUCAGUCUAUUAAAUGGGUAAGAACUUCAGUCUUUGACCACAAAUAGAGGAGUCAACAUUUAUUCAUAACAAAAAAAUGUCAUGGAUACGGUUUAUUUUUGUCUGCUGCUUUAUUUUUUACGAUAAAGUCCAUGAAAUAACAGGCAAAACAGGUAUCGGUCCAGGCGACCAAGACUGGGGGUAUGUCAAUGUUCGACCAGGUGCUCAUAUAUUUUGGUGGCUACAUUACGUAAGCCCGCCUUACCCGAACAAAUUGAGUAAUUUUGAUGUCUACAGUAAGCCAUUGUUAGUCUGGUUACAAGGAGGUCCAGGUGGGUCUGGGACUGGUGCAGGAAACUUUCUUGAAGUCGGACCGGUUGAUUUGAAUCUCAAAAGACGUAAUCAUACAUUAGUAAAUUACUACAACGUCUUAUUUAUUGACAAUCCAGUUGGCACAGGCUUCAGUUACGUGGAAAAUGAAUCAGCUUACGUGAAAAACAAUAAACAAAUAGCCGAUGAUCUACUGGAAUGUAUAAGAAAAUUUAUUGAAGUAGUUCCUGAAUUUAGAAAUGUCCCGACUUACAUCAUAGGAGAAUCUUAUGGCCCGAAAAUGGGGGUUGAGCUGGCUUCCAUUUGGUACAAAGAACAAUAUGACGGAAGUAUUACCAGUAAUUUAAAAGGUCUUGUUUUGGGCUCUCCAUUGAUUUCGCCAAUAGAUUCUGCUCUUUCUUGGGCGCCAUCUUUACUAUAUGCUGGUAUUUUAGACACUGCUGAUUUUCAAAGAGUUGAAUUAGAGGUUGAAAAAAUGGAAGAAGCGGUAAAAGCUGAAAAGUGGAGAGAAGCUAUGGAUGUUUGGCAGACGACAACGAAUAGUAUUGGUAAACUUAGUGACAACGCUACUAUCUUUAAUAUACUUACUUUAGGAAGUUCACACGAGGGAGUGCAAAAUUAUACGACUUGUUUUCCAAGGCCGCCAGUGGAACUGUUGAAAAAUCUGUCGGAGUUUAUGAAUGAAAAUGUUAAACGAACUUUAGGCCUUCAUUCAAAUUGGGUGAAGUCAAACAAAGUCUAUGAAAAUCUUUACGAAGAUUUGCUGAAACCUGUUGUCUACAUUGUUGAAGAAUUGCUGAACGAAACGGAUCUGAAAAUUUCUAUUUAUGCCGGUCAACUAGAUGCGCUAAUUUCCUUGCCGAGUACUAUUAAGUGGGUGGAAAAAUUGAAGUGGAAACACAGCAGUGCCUGGAAAAAUGCUCCGAGAUCUGCGUUUGCAGUUAAUAAUAUUGUUGAUGGAUACGUUAAGGCAUACGGAAAUUUGAAAAUGUACUGGGUCAGCAAGGCGGGACAUUCGGUGGCAACACAGAAUCCCUAUGCAGUCAAUGCAAUACUUCAAGAUAUAACGGCUCUUAAAUGCGAACUUUAACUUUUAAUAUAAAUGAAAGUUGAAGUAGAAAAUCGCUUUUAAGUUGCGGAAAAAAAUCUUGAGAAGAAAAAAUUAAUUUCAAUCUGACAAAAAAUUGCGAGAAAAAAUUUGGAUGAGGAAAAUUGCAAGUUUUUGCAGUCAAAUUGACAUCUUAUUUAAUUUGUAGAUUUCCUUCAACCUGCGAUCAAAAUAGCUAUCAGGGAAGAAAUCCUGUCAUUCAAAUUUCGCUAUUAUCUACUGAUAGUGAAAAUAUUUUCUAUCUCACAAUAAAACGUAAAUCUUUUAAAUCCCGACAAUUUAUAACACAUCGCGGGAUUUUUCUACCCGCAUACGUAAUGGCGUAAUAAAAUCUCAGUAUACAUAAACAUGUGUUUCGUUUGAA